AUGGACACCAAACCAUCCCCCAGGCUGGAACAGGCUCUGGCCGCCAAGCUCGCCAAACGGGAGUCACAAUCUCGACUGCGGCGGUUGACAAUUAACCCUUCUCACAACAUAGACUUUUCGUCCAAUUCUUACCUGUCCCUGUCAGAUGUCUCAGAACUGCGGAAAUCCUUCCUCGGCCUUGUACAAGCAAACACUUUCCAACCAUCUUCUGUAACUUCGUCCACUUUCCUCGGCUCCGGUGGCUCUCGUCUUCUGGAUGGAAACUCAGCAUGGGCCGAGUCAAUUGAGCGUGAUAUUGCUACGUUUCAUCGCGCACCCGCAGGGCUGCUCUUCAACUCCGGCUUUGAUGCUCAGGUCGGGCUUCUGAGUUGCUUGCCACAGCCUGGCGACAUCUUCAUAUAUGAUGAGCUCAUCCAUGCAAGUGUUCAUGACGGGAUGAGGCAGAGUCGUGCAGCUCAACGAUUGCCAUUCAGCCACAAUCUGGUCCAAGCGACAUCAGAAUCGCCAGUCAAUCCUAGAUUGCUACCGAGCCUCGAUGAAGCUCUUGGCAAAGUUCUUUUGGGCAAUCAUGGCCAGACCAUCAAAGAAGGGAAGGCGUCGGUAUUUGUGGUAGUGGAGAGUGUCUAUAGCAUGGAUGGUGAUGUCGCGCCGCUCCUAGAUAUUGUCAAGACAGUGAGGCAACGGUUACCGCAUGGAAAUGGGUACCUCAUUGUGGAUGAAGCGCAUUCCACCGGCUUAUUUGGCCACAAUGGCCGAGGGUUGGUCUGCGAACUGGGUUUGGAAAAAGACGUGUUUGCCCGUGUUCACACCUUUGGCAAGGCACUUGGUGCAUCAGGAGCCAUCGUCCUCUCUUCUCCUGUUGUACGCGAAUAUCUCAUCAAUUAUGCCCGGACACUUAUCUAUACAACGGCCAUGUCAUUCCCCAACCUUGCCAGCAUCCGGGUAGUAUAUGAUUUCCUAGCCAGUGGCUCCUCCGACGUCCUUCUCCGGCGCCUCCGCACCCUCGUCCAACGAAUGCACGGUCAGCUGCUGUCUAUUUGCGUCGAGGGCAGAGUCUCGCCCACUCUGCUCCGUGUUAGGACAGAAGCACCAGCCACGCCCAUCAUCCCCCUGUUCACCUCCAAGCCCCGCAAACUGGCCCAGUAUUGUGGCCAGAAUGGUAUUACGGUUCGUCCUAUUGUACCGCCAACGGUGCCAAGGGGCACGGAGAGGGUCAGAAUUUGCGUGCAUGCGGGCAAUACAGUUGAAGAGGUGGACCGGUUUGCCCGGGUGGUUAAAGACUGGGUGUCUUCUAUAACGCGAGGCCAAACAGGAGACAUGGAAAAAGCCAAACUAUAA